UUUCAAAUGUCACGACGUUUCCGUCAACUUGAAAGUGUCGAUGAAAUGUUGCCGAAAAGGCGUAGAUCAGCCUCGGGAACAUCAGAAAGCUCAAAUACGUCUAAAGAAGAAUCAUUUGCAAUUCCAGUAAAGAAUAAGAAUAUUUCAGAACAGGUCAAAUCAAAAUGGACGAAUCGUGAGCGUGUUCUGAUUUUUUGUUCUCGUGGUGCAUCCUAUCGCAUGCGUCAUCUAAUGAAGGAUUUCUUAAAUUUAAUGCCUCAUAGCAAAUCGGAUAAUAAAUUGGACAAAAAGAAAAGCUUGGUAUUGAUUAAUGAAAUUGCUGAGAUAGCAAACUGUACUAAAUGUUUGUAUUUCGAAAGCAGAAAGCAUACGGACCUAUACUUGUGGAUAUCAAAUACGACAUGUGGUCCAUCAGUAAAAUUUUUGGCACAUAAUGUGCACACCAUGGAUGAAAUGCGGAUGUCUGGUAACUGUCUGAAGGGAUCGCGACCGGUGCUUUCUUUCGACUCUGCUUUUGAUAAUCAGCCACACUUCUCACUUAUCAAGCAACUUCUCAUUCAGACAUUCAGUACGCCAUAUCAUCAUCCUAGAAGUAAACCGUUUAUUGACCAUGUUUUCACGUUUUCAAUAACUGCCGAUGGUAAAAUAUGGUUCCGAAACUUCCAAAUUGUUAAUGAAACGCUUGAACUUCAGGAGAUUGGACCACGCAUGGUACUGGAAAUUAUUCGUAUCUUUGAUGGAUCAUUCGAAGGCUCCGUGUUAUAUGACAAUCCUAAUUACGUUAGUCCGAAUACUGUUCGAAGUGAAAUUAAGAAAAAACAGUCUAAUAAAUAUAUUAUGAAGAAGCUGGUUGAAGAGGCCCGUGGAGUAAAAUUAGCAGAACAGGCAGCUGUGAAAAUGCCUGAUCCUGUGGGUGAGGUUUUCGAUACCGAACGAAUGAUUGUAAAUCCUCGAGCAAAAGAAAUCAAGCGGAUUAUAGAAAAGAAAAAGAAGAAAAAGACGAAAAGCAAAACAAGAAAAAUCGAAACUGCAAGUUAAAUUUAAUUGCAGGUAGUGUUUUGCUGAUCUGCGUUUAUUUGUUGUUUGGACUGCACUUUUUUGUUGUGUUAAGUCUUGUCAUUCUUGCUGUUGUUGUUGUUUGUUAGCUAUAAUUCUUUUGUUUUUUGUGAUUUUCACAGAUCGAAUUUCACAGAUUUAUCUCAUUUUUGUGGUUUUUACAGACCAAAGGUUACUACUUGGAACAACUGUUCAUAAAAAUAAAAGAAUAUAAGAAAUCUCGCAAAUAAAAAAU